UUUAGGCGUUAAUAUUUUCUCAAUUCGAAGCAAAAAAACUUAUACAUGCUUACUAGAUGGAGACACAAUUCUACAUGGGCUACAGAGUGUAAAGUGCCGCCUAUUUCAACAUCAAGGGGUUUGUUAAGCUGUUUAGCCAGCAUUUUUUGGGAGCUUCAACUCAUCAUAUCCAAUGCAGCACAUGAGAAUUAUUAUAAAUUCGUGAAUUGUGGGAGUUGUAUUUACUGUUACAUCAUGAGCUUGGAUUCCAGUCUUUAGCUAUGCUUCAUGCCUUGGUCUUGCUAGAUUUCGCAAAUUUCUGUUGCGCCAAUUUUCCUAGAACCGUAAGAGAUAAAAGCCUGCUUUUAGAAGGUUGACUGAGCCGCUCGGCCUGCGUCUCUUAU